AUGCGAGCGUCGAAUAUGCCUCGUGCUUUCACGAGCUUUGAGGAGGCCAAAAAGUUCAAUACAACGAAAACAAGCCAGGAGCGUUUGCACGGCCGUAUCACUGCUAUCGAAGUCGAAGGACAAUCGUCCAUUGCUGCCAUCGAUGUCGAUGGAUUUGCUGGAUUGCAAGCGAAGAUCAAAUUGGGCUCUCUCAAGUAUGAAGGUAGUCAGCCAGCUGCCCCUGCAACAACGCAGCAACCUGAAACAAAUGCCGUUGCGGGACUAGAUACAAGCGACCCAUGGCAACGGCAUAGACAUAUGCACCCGCUAGUGCAGCUGGAGCACGAAAUAGCCAUUGCCGAGGUUUCAUGA